AUGUCAGACUCCAUCUUACGCUCGCUUUUCCAGCCUGUCAAAACCAUCCUAUACGACUCUUUCAGAAUCCUCUGCAAGAACCCAAUCUCUUUUAUUUCCAUAACUACCCUCACAAUCCUCCCACUCUCUCUCCUCCACAUCUCCCUCGCAUUCGCCUCCCAACCCCUCGAGGCUCAGAUCUCCUACAAAGCUUCCAUCAUCGGGGUUGGCCCCAUCGCGAUAGAUCUCCGCCACGUGUACGACGAGAUAAGGUCAGACGCGCUCUCUCUCGUCCGUCUAAAGGCCGUUUACUUCCUUCCCUCUUACGUCCUCUCCCUCCUCGCCGCUAUAACGGCCGUUAGCUCCGCAGCCCUCUCCUACAACGGUAACCGCCCCUCUCGCGAAACGGUGUUAACCGCCAUCCGGAUGACGUGGCCGACGCUUUUCGUUACCUCAAUCUGCGUGUACGUGCUCACGUGUAGUUGUAGCUUUUUGACACGUGCCAUCUUGGGGUUGGGCUGGCUGGCAAGUUUGAGGCAGGUAGUGGCGGUUUUGGGAGCGGGUCUCGAGGUGUUCGUGACGGCGGUUUCGAGCCUGGGGAUGGUGGUUUCGAUUUUGGAGGAACGGUCUGGAUUUGAGGCGUUGAUGGUGGGGUGGGGCCUGAUGGAGGGCAGGCGGUUUUCUGGGGUGGUUUUGGGGGGUUUGGUGGUUUUAUCGUCUGGUGGGAUUGGGUGGGGUUUGAGGUUUUUGAUGGAUGGGAAGAUGGACAGUGGGGAUUUGGUGGGCCUCUUGUGGAAAGGAACUUUGAUUGGUUUGUUUUGUUUGGUGGUGCUCUGGAGUUUCGUUGCUACUACGGUUUUGUAUUGCGAGUGUAGGAAAUUGCAUGGGAUUAGGACAGGCAGUUCUGUUGAAUUGGUUGAAGAUACACCGUAG